CUCCAAGAAAACAUGUCUUCUGCAGAGAUAACGCACAGGUGAUGUCCUACCUCCCUCCAAAGCUAAACCACCUCUCUCCUAAGCUAAGUAAGUCAAAUCCACGGUCUGCUCUUCAGAAAAGCAUGGACCCAGGAAAAUUUUUGUAGGACGGGCUUACAGAACAGCGUCGUUUACAUGAUUUCCUGCUCGAAGCGACAAACAGGAAUAUAACGUCAGCUGGAGGUCUACAGCGAAUGCUGUUUGAUCUGGUCUGGAUUCUUCUGGACCACUCUGCUCGGGCUCUAAUCGAGUCAAACAGACUAGAGGGCCUGACCUGUUUGGGGAUGGCAGACGCAUCAUGGCGUCGCGUAGAUUCCGGUAGCAGACGAAUGGCGUUGGGUGCUACAGUACAACGGUUCAGUAAUGGCCGACGACUAUGGCGUCGGGUCACACGUGUAGACCCACUUGUCGUAACUCCGAGUUAAUUUCGAGUCCGGCCAGAUAAAUUUCGCAUACAACGUACAGUACUACUACGCACGAACGGGUUCAAAACAAAGUAGCCGAAGUCGGAUAAAAUUUGAACCUGCUCUUAUCGACAUUCCGUCACGCCAGCUUCGGAUAGUCGAGUCUGUCUCCGCAGCUGCUGCAGCGAGCGUGCGAAACCCUCCCCUUUUUUACGCCUAAUAGGCGUCUACAGUCUGAAGCAAACGAAACAAAAUGCCGAGGGCUCUGCGACUGCGACUCCCACUGGUCGCAUACACGCUUGGAGUCGCAGAGCCCUCUGGGCGACGGAUCUGUUUGAUACGGUUGCGACGUCAUCAUUUUCGCUCCCGGCGCUCCCGUGGUUGCGAUUGGUCCGUCAAGCCACACUCCCUAUUUCAAACAGAUCCGUCGCAUUAUAGACUGCUCUCAUGAUUUCAAGGGCCUCGUAAACAGAACUGUCAGUAACGGCUGGGCUCGCCUUUCCCCGUCUACUAGUACUACUCACCUCGCCUCGCCUCGCCAUAUCCAAGGGAUCAAAUCGGGCAGAUCGCCUGAUCGAUACUGUAAUAGAGUUCUGCUCGUGCGUUGUCUUACGCGAUACCAGCUCCUCGCAACUCGCGGCGCCUUGGCGAUUUUCCAGGCACCUAACGUAACCGCCCUUUCCUCCGAUCGCCAUAGUCUGUUCAUGCGUUGUCCUGUGCAAUGCUGGCUCCUCGCAACUCGCGCUCCCAUGUCCAUUCCUGAGCCACCUGAUAUCACCGCGCAGAUUCGCCUUCCGUGCGUUGCCCUCUGCAGUGCGCUGCUGCCCCACAUAUUGGCCGUGCCAGCUCCCCGCAACUCGCGAUUCCGACCAAGAACCUGCUCACCUGUGGGCUAAAGGCUGACCUGUGGCCAACCUUGUUCCCCCUGUUCCGGCGCCCAACUGUGAAACAAGCCCCCCACGUACAGUGCAGUACCGCUCGCACUCGGUAGCGUUGGCAGGAGCAGCAUUACACCAAUAGCGCGUACGACUCGUACAAAGCACCGUCCGUGCAACCAGCGACUGCUUGUGCAUACCACGCCUUUCGGACGAAAUGCUCUUCUGAUAAGUCGGGGAAUCCAAGGCUCGCGGGAUUUCGAGUCGUUCUGCCAGGAAUUUGUUCUGCGGGGGAAAGAUAGUAGAACCAGGACCGCGGCCCGCUCUUACCGUCCACAGGCCGAGCCGCCGAGCCAGCGGAACGGAACGGGCGCUUGAUACAGUCCGGAGAAGUACCCCUCUCCCAUGCACAUGAGUGGCGUUUCAAACCACAUUUGUUCCUCCGCAUAGUACUUCCAUUCGAAAGUGCAACCUUUCUACGGUCGGCCCAAGCCUUCUUCCUUCGUCGUUCUUCAUUCAUCCAGGACCCGGCCAGGAACGGGCCCGGUGACAAACCACCGUCCGAGGCGGACUCCCUGAAAAGACCGUUUCCUCGUUGCGAGGAUCUUGAGCCGCCUCCUCCUCUUCCUCAAAAGUUCCGAAUCUACCGCUCCUUCUUCCACCGCUCCUUCUUCCACCGCUCCUUCUUGCACCGCUCCUUCUUCCACCGCUCCUUCUUCCGGAGAUGCAACCGCCUGAAAGUCGACAGCAAGGAAGCUCAAUUUCGAACCCACCUGGUCCCCCGAGCUCCGAAUCCACCCCUCCUCCUUCUGGAGACGGCAACCGCCAGCACGCUGCCCAUCGCUCAGCACAGUGACUGUUGAGUCGACUCAAGAGUCAGCUCCUUCCGGAGACACAACCGCCUGCUCAGGCUGGCCGUCGCCGCUCAGCAAAGCGAGGAGACUCAAGAUUUCCAUCACGGAUUCCGAAUUUGCUGGUUAGCCUGAAACCCUGAGUCAGUGAAUUUCAAGCGCGGCUGGUUGUAUCACCCGGCCAUUCACCCGACCAUGAAGUCGACAGCACGGACACGGAAUUUUGGGCCCGCCUGGACCCCCGAGGUGA